GUGUGAGUGUGAAGGUGCCCUCAAUGAUCUGUGAAAAAAUAAUCAAUUUUAGGAUAAAUUUGUGGAAAAUACUUUAAAAUUAUGAAAACACGGCGUUUCGACCCUGAUUACAGAGUUACGACACCUUUAGUUAAGCUGAUUAAGAAGAGAGCGUUAGGCAUUUCAUUGACGGUUGUGACUGGGAUGGUGGUUUGUUUAUAUAGUUUUUCAGAUUUAUUUCCAAUAGAAUCAGAAAGAGUAAAACUUGCCAGACAGCGUGAGGAUGAGUUAAUUAAAGAAGAAUACCGUUUCUUCCUUGAGGAGACUGAAAAACUGAUAAAACAACAAGAUGAAGGUUCUGCAUUUUCAGACAAAAAGAAUAUAGUCUAAUGAAGCUACUGCAGAUGUGUAUGUUUUUGUAUGUUUAAGAAUGUCAGACAGAAAAAGAAAAAAAAAACUUGUCAUUUGAAAUGAAGAAAUGUUUAAAAUAACUGCGUAAUUAAUUUCUUUUCAUUUAUGUUUAGGAUGUCAUUGUAUUGAUACUUGUGUUUAUUAUAGUAAAUGGAAACAUGAAGACAAUACAUAUAUAUGAUGUUGUGAAUACAUGCGUUAUAGUGGAUAUGUCUUUAUAAUUUUGAUAUCUGAUUAUCAGUGUUGAUUUCUGAUGAAAAAUGAAAACACGAAAGAAUAAUGAGGAAAAAUCCAAGUCCAAAUUAUCGCUACAGAAGAAAAAAACUGGUGUGAAAAAAGAGUUGAAAAAUAUAUUGUCAGUUUCACACAAUGUAUUAAAUGAAACAUGUGAAUUUCGACAAAGUAGCAGCAUAAAGGAACAAAAGGUAACACAAUGUCAGGUGGUUGUCAGUGAACCAGAAAACAAAAUGGUUGAUGAAGAAACAGAUACCAAGAAAUGUCCUACUUGUGAAUUAAGCAUGCCCAGAGAAGCUUUUCAGCAUCAUGUCACUGAAUGUCUUAAAAACAGAUUCCAGAAAAAAGAAACCAAUGAAGAUGUAGUUCCCCAAGAAAAGUUCUCGUGCCAGUUUUGUUUGAAGGAUCUGUCUCACUACAAUUCUGCCAGAAAAACACAGCAUCUCAACAGAUGCAUGGACCAGAUAGAUGAGUUAAAACAGAAGGAAAUGCAGAAAAAAGAAGAACUAGAACAGGCACGUACAGCAGUGCUGGACUGUCCAAUGUGUGGCAGAACUCUCAAGUCAGAAAAUGGAAGGAAAGUUCACAUGAAAAAAUGUUGCCAGAAUCUUGGUGUCUCUACAGAUCAACUUCUGGACCUGAUCAAAAAACAGGAGGAGGAGAGGCAGAUUAAUAUAGCAGCUGGGGUGGUCCCUCAGUCAGUCAAAGCAGGCAGUGGCAAGCUGAACAAGCAGACCAAAAAACAGAAGCUUAGAGAACCUCACAGUAAAUAUGAUGAAGAGCUACAGACUGCCUUAGCCUUAUCCAAUUCUCUGCAUAAUUCUGAAUCCAGCAAGAAACUAGAGAUUCAGGCCCCAAAACAAGGGAAGAAGAAAAAGAUAGACUCAGCUCCACCCCCACUGGUUGUAUUGUUGUCAGAGGAAGACAAACAGAAGCGGCUAUCAGAGAGAGUGGCAGCCAUGCUUCUUCCACAGGAACUAGAAGAUGAAGAGGAUGAUGUGGAGUCUCUUACUCCAAUUCUGUCUGAGAGUCAGAUUAAAGAUAAAUAUUCCACUCUUAAUAAGCAGUUUCCUUCAUUGUGGGCGAGAUGCCAGUUAGCGACAGAAGGAUUGACUUGCUUGGAAAAGAAAGACACAUUUUACAUAGAGAGAUUAAUGCCACCUAUUGCAGUCAGCCAAUUUGUUGUUGGCUCCAACAUAAAGAAGAUGGAUGACAUUCCAGGAAGAAGAAAGUCAUCUUACAGAGGCUUAAUGAAGGAACAGGAAAUUAAUUUGGGCAGCAUUGAUAUCCGUGGUGACACCCUGUUGGCCUCUACACAGACUGCUGUAGUAUUAGCUGAGCUAGAGGUCAGUGCCAUGGCAACACCUGACCUUGACCUGACCUGUAGUGGUUUCUGUCCAGACUCUCCAAUCAAAGUGCAGGAGAGUACAAAACAGAAUGUAUCAGAGCAACAUCAAAAGACAAUGGCUUCAUUGGUGAACAAUCCUGUUUAUAGUGAUCUAAAGAUUAAAACUAGUGACGGUACAAUAUAUGCCCACAGACUGAUACUCAGUGCAAGGUGUCCCAAUGUAAUUCAGAACUGCAGAGAGGAGCUAGAAUUGACGGACUUUGCCUCAGACACAGUGUUAACUGUUAUGAAGUUUCUGUAUGCUGGGGUCAUAUGUCUCCCUAAAGGAUCCGUGCAAGAAAUAAAGGACUUAGCUGCAAGAUUAGAGCUUUCUGAUUUGGUGGAAAUUUGCUCUUCAUUUAUUGAUAAAAAGAAAGACGAGGACAAAAUGGAGGAAAACAUUGAGGAAGAAGAGGAACAGAGGGAGAGAAACUUCACAGACCUGACAGAGGAUGACAGAGAGGUGGAUCCAGAAGAAAAUGAGGGGUGUAGUAGUGAGAACAAUGAAUGGGAGGAGCUAUCAGAUCAGGACUAUAAUGACAUCAGGUGCACUCAGAGGAGGAACUACAGUCAGACUGAUGGAAAGGGGAAAGAGGAGGAGGAUUCUGAGGAAUCAGUGGUGGAUCCUGAGGAACUGAGGAGUGAUGUCAGUGAGGAAGAAAUAGCCUUGUUCUUCAAUGAUGACAGUUUUGAUGGAACUUCUGUCAAACCUUCUGGGGAUAAUGAUGAAGAGAAAUCUGAAAUACAGGACAUGGAGGGUUUUCCUGAAGAUGGAGUCACAGGUGGAGAUCAGUCUGUUAGAAAAGAAAAUCUGUUGGCAAGUAGAGAAGAAAUCAGGAGAGAGGCUCCAAUAGAAGACACUGAUGAUGAAUUUGAGGAAGAAAUGGAUAUUGAUCAGAAGCAAGAGGAAGGCAACAAAAAAUCAGAAGAGGAGAACAAUGAAGAACAUAUAGUAAAGGAGAAACCUGCUGAUAGUAUUCUGUAUCAAGAUGAAGAUGUGAUUAUAUACAGUGAGACAGAAGACACUCCCCCUUGUUCAGACUCCGAGAAGUUCAGACAAUCACUCAGUACUGAACAUCAGUCAGAGGUUCUAGACAGGAGUGGACGUGCUAGCAGUCCUCUGGUAGUGGACAGUGAUUCUAGCCACCAGGGUUCACCAGAGAGGGAUAUUUCUACAGAGGUGAAUGACAGAGAGGUUGGAUCACCUGUCCCCCAGGCUCUAGACUCAUCUGGUCUGGAUUUGUUUGAGUCUCCAGUGUUGUCCAGACUGGCCCCAGAAGCUGCAGACAUGCAGACUGGGUCACAGACAUCCACUCAACAUGUUCCACCACCCAGUGAAGAGAAACUCGGGCCUGACACGCCAGCUCGUAAACGUAGAAGAACCGGGACAUCUGUCAAAGGAUCUCUUGGAAAUGAAUCAAAGAGAUGUGUUAGAUACAGUGAUCUGGAAAAUAAUGCCAGGGAAUUCUCUCGUCCUCAGGAGGAGGAUGAUUCUAGGAGUAAAUCUUUAAAUGAUAAUACUAUAUGUAGUAGUAAAAGAAAAAAGGGUCCUAAAAAGACUGUAACUUCCACCAACUCGGAGAGUGAUGAUGAAGUAUCAGUGAUUGAAGACAAAUGUCACAUGCCUCCAACUGUUGUUUCUCCAGUGUUUGGUCAGCAACAAACUAAUGAAAGAAAGACAUUCAGAUUUACCAAGACUAAACCUGCAAAAGUCAAUUUACAGCGAGUUUUAUCUCCAGAGAAAAGUGAAGAGCCAGCUGUUACAUCUUGUCAUGUUGAUCUGUCUCCACCUGAAGCUUUAUCUGGUCAGCAUCACCAGCAAGAUGUAGAACUUGUGUCUGAAGUUGUGGAAAAUGAAUUGGAAUUAGGAGAACCAGAACAAGAUGUAUGGGAGGACUUUGAUGACAGUGGGAUGGGUGGAUGUAUAGUUACUUGUGAUGUCCCCAUCCCUUCACAGUCAGCUAAUGGACACAAAGAAAAGUGUGCUACACCCAUAAAACCAACCAAUCCUAUUGCAGAAUUGGACACUCCAGCAAACUCUUCAUCAGGUUUAAAAGAGCAGAAUCCCCUGGGUCAUAGACCUGAGGAUCAGCUGAUGGAGGAGAGCUUUGAGGAGGAUAGCUUUGAUGUGGAAAUGAUAGAACAGGAGACAGAAAAACUGAAUUCUUUUAAAACUCCAACUGAGUGCAGGCGACCUAAAAGAUCCAAAAAAGACUGGGUUCCUCCUUCUCCCUUCACCCCCAUGCCAAGCUAUGACAGCAUGGCCACUCCACAACUCAAGAGAGAAGUUCAGAAGAUUGGCGUUAAACCAGUUGGCAAGAAAAGAAUGGUGCUUCUGUUAAAGGACAUCUACCAUCAAACCCAUCAAUAUGAGACAGACAGCGAGUUUGAGAUAUCUGUGGAUGAGACAGAACAGAGGAAGCAGGGUGGACCAAUCUCAGUCUCUGAUGAUGAAGAAGAAAUCAGCAGCAGUCAGGAAUCAGAGAGAAGUGUUGUACUGGAGGAGAGUAUGAUUGAAGAAGAGGAGACAACUUCAUCUCAGACUGGAUCAACAGCUUCAGAAUUGAAACAAAGAAUUUCCCAGUUUGUUCUUGACACUCCAGAUAUAUACACUAGAAUACUGAUGUAUGAGCCACUAGAGUUUGAUGCAUUGAAAAGGGAGUUAACUGAAGCUGGAAUCAAAUGCUCCAUGGAUAAACUACUGAAUUACCUGGACGAAAAGUGUAUAACAUUUACAAUGAAGAACAGAAGAAAGACCAGCCCAAAGAAAGGGAGGGGGCGAGGGAGAAAAAAGAAGACUGCAGAGCCUGAGUAGUGAGAUUUCAUGGACUUGGAUAAAACUUGGAGAAAACAACAGCAAAGUGUGACAGAUGUGUUUGGUCACAUGACUUUGGAAUGAGAAUGUGUUAGUAGUGUAUGGUCACAUGACUAAGGAAUGAGAAUGUGUUAGUAGUGUGUGGUCACAUGACUUAGGAAUGAGAAUGUGUGAGAUGUGUGACAGAUGUGUGUGGUCACUUGACUGAGGAAUGAGAAUGCGUUAGAUGUGUAUGGUCACAUGACUUAGGAAUGAGAUUCUGUUAGUGAAAGCUUCAAUGCAAAUAUAUAGAAGUUACUGAUGGAAUACACCCUCUACAAUACAAAUAGAUAAUGACACUAUCUAUAACUGAAAAUCCUGUAUAAUUGUACACUUGGAUGUGUUUGUGUAUCUAAUACUAGUAUUCUCUCUAUUUAUUGAAUGAAUGAAAAGCUUAUUGAAUAAAU